UUGUUAUUUGUUAUUUGUUUAUUAUGAAUCACGCACUAGAUUAAAGUUUAUGUUCAAAUUCAAACCACUUUGUUUCAAUAAUUACAUGAUGAAACAUGAUAUCUAAGUAAAAUCCGCUACAAUGGCUUCCAAGGAUAAUCACGUGAGAAAUAGGCCUCCACCACCUCGAAAUGUUAGUAAAGAAAUCGUCGGGGUGUGGACAGGAUGGUGCUGCAAAGGAGACAAAGAAGUAGCCAGAGAGGCAGCUGCCAAAGGUAUUCAUGUAGACCUUGUUAUACAAUUUUUGGCCCUGAGGAGGAAUGUGACGAUUGAAGAAGCCCAGAACUACUUCAGAGAUGAAGUUUUCAAAUGGGUGAAGGAAUUACUAGAUCGCAAGCAAAUAUUCAGAGUAUCUCACAUACUGAAAAAUAUUGGAGUAGAUCCCCAAGAAGAGCUGUCCAAAGUUUUUUAUAAGACUACUAAUGUGGAACUCAGAGAAUACAUAGGAAACCAUUUGGUAACCCAGAAUGGUUUGGAGGAACAUCUCAAACAACUUUGGAAAUUCCUCGAUCUCAUUUCGAGGAAUAAUCUUUUGAUAUCAAAGUAUAAAUUACCAGAGGAUAGUGUGGAGUGUUUGCACCAACAGAAAUCGGAAUGGAAGUCUGACAUAGCUGCUAAGUUGUUUUUGAGAACACACGAUAUAUCACUUUCCCCGUUUCUAACCGGAGAAGCUCUCUGGAAGCAACUUUUAGUUUACAAUGACAUCAAGUUAUUGAAAAUUUGGAUAAACCUGAAAUUCAGUGACAAAUUGACAAGCUUUGACAUAUCUGAGAAUCUCUCGAGUUUCUUCCACUCCCACUCUAUCACAAACGAAAUGAUAAACCAAUUGAACGCAUCAGAAACUGCUGCAAAUACAACGAAUGCUAUUUUGAACGAACUGAGCAGGUUCGGAAUUUUUUGUGAUGCGGAAAUCAACAGUUUUCUAAACGUUUUAUCUAGGCUGAAUCAGUCUGAGAGUACAAAAAAAGUUUUUCGCAUCAUCAGAAAAAGUACUGCCAAUCUAACCGAGCAACAGUUCUUGAAUUUGCUAGUAGAUUAUUGUACUACUAAUAAGCUAGGUGGAGUAUUGAGCAUUUGCGUUGAGAACUUCGACAUUUCUCAUCCCGAUGUGACAAGAAGUACUGAUCUGGACCUGAUCUAUAAUUUUAGAGGGCUGACAAGGAAUUUCAACCAAGACAAUUUGUGUGACAACAUACUCAAGGUGUCUCGCUAUUUAUCUUCUGACUUAGAGACUUACUACACAGACAACCCUAUGAUUUUAUUGGCUUUGAUUUUUUUCACGAAGACUGACGAUUUUUUCGAUAUACUAUCAAAAAAACGUGUCAUAGUCUCAGACGUGGAAUUGAACGAAUCAGUGGUUAACUUGCCGCUCAGCUUGAAAACUCUGGGGGCCACCGUCAAUAGGAAAACUAUUGUUGAGAAGGGCAGCUUGACUUUCUACGACCUUCUAGAGAAACACUACAAGAUUGACGUUAGAAAACUAUUUUCUUUUCGCUUCGAAAGAACCAAACUGCCACAUUUUGGGUCGGAAAAUCUGAUAGCUAAGCAUGGAUACUCGAAACAGCUGAACUACCAGUUUUAUCUGAAGCAGUUCAGGCCCAGUAUGGCUUGUAAGUGGUACCUCAUAGACCAGUAUCAACAGUACGAUUGUAUUCCUGAAGCUAAUGUGAGGCAGUUGCAGAAAAAAGUCUACAAGAUUGCUCUGAGGAACCUCAACAAUGUCGAAACUGGAUCAAGCUGUGUUGCAUUUCUAGAAAUGAUUGGGAUUAGUUCGAAUUACCUCAAGGUAGCUUUGGGAGCAGCCAGUAUUGUGUAUGAGCACUGCAGGAGCCUAGAAACAGUUAUAGAAUUGUUCAUGAAUGUUGAAAAUAAUCCUGAAGCAAUUACUGAAACCCUAGAGACAAUUGUGAUGGAGGAAAUUGACGUUGAACGGUUUACUGAAGGGUCUUAUUUUGUGCAGUCCAUGAACCUUUACGAUAUAGUAGUGAAUUUCACUGUAUCAUUCAACCUAAAACUUCCAGAAAUGUUCUUAAGAGCUUGCGCAAGUAACAACAUGUGGCUACCGUUACUGAUCUUUGCGCAGCUGAAAAACUACCCUCUGGAACAAAUAAAGCCCAUAGUGCAGUCUUUCAAGAAUCCCACUUUGCAUGAGCACAUCUACCACAGCGUCCUUCAUGACAUCUUGGUAGAUGAUCAGAAUGUCUGGCUUAGAGAUUCUAGAACUACUUAUCUAUCCAGGAUUGGUCUCAGGAAGAGCAUGGACAAUUUGAGCCAGAGUGGGUCAGUCUACUCCAGCCUAGCGUCCCAAUCCAGUUACGGAAGCAACGCCAGUUCUGGUGGCUCUGACUCUUUAGAGAUUGAUAUUGCAAACACGAAGGCUACUCUGCUUCAGACUUUAAUCAGAUGUCACAACAGCACUGAUCCACCUCGGGCUCUCUUGCAAGCCUGUCAACUGUAUAGGAACCCCCUUCUUGCCAUAUUUGCAACAAGCUAUGAGCCUGACUCUGUGAUAACGAAUUGGCUUACAUGGCUGGCAGUGUCGUCAGAGUUAUAUGAAACUUUUACAAAUUUCGAAUCAGUGGCUCUUUGUGCUCAGGAUGUUUCUAAUUUGAUGGAGAAUUGCAUGAAGUAUGGAUAUCCCAAAACGUUGCUGCAGAGUUUCAAGAUUUUUAUUCCGGCUAAUCCACUCAAACAUUUCCUAGAAUUUCUAAACGUAUGCAUCAAUAAAAACUUCGAUAAAACUGUUCUGGUGUCCAAAGUGAAUGCUUUCAGCAAUUCCCUACACAAAUGCCGCAGAUACAGCGUUCUGUCAUCAGAAACCGACCACGAAAUGACGUAUCUCAACAAUAAAAUUUGGCUCAAGACCAUGGCUUUACGCCUGCUUUCGCUAGCUAUCGAGUACAAUGUGAAAUCCUUGUACGAGCAGAUUGAAUUGUUGAAGUCUCUGUGCGAAAUCGAACUGGAAGCUUGCUUGAAGUGCCCGGAGUUGAAAAGCUUGCUCGAGAUACUGCAGAUCGUUUACGACUCUAAAUGCCCUCAGAGGUUCGACAUUGUUCUGUUUUUCGAUGAGAGGAAUGGAAGAAAAGCCGUUGUGGAUUGCCUGGAGGCCUUGGUUGGUGCUUCUUUGUUUGAGCACGCUUUGAAACUGGCUCGAACUGAAAAACUACCAGCGGAUCUGAUCCUUAUCAAGCAGUGGCAGCACAACUACGAACAUCGUCGACAAGAAGACUCUGACUUCUGGCAGAGAGCUGACGAGCAGUUCAAGGUAGAGAACGUCACUGCCGAUUGCGUUAUAGAGUUCUACUUGAGCUACCUGGACAAGGUGGAAUCCGGCUUGGAGAAGUACCAGCUGCUGAAGCUGUCCUACGAGUGGGCCAGGGGUUUCGAACUAUCCAGCAGAUUCGACUUGGAGAAGAGGAAAUGGCUCGCCUACGUCGCUCUGGAGGAUAAGUGGAGGUCCGACAGCGACCUACUGGAUGAGGUUGUUGAAAACAUGUCAUUCAAGGAAAUAACAUCCCUGCUGAAGCGCGUCACCAAGUACGAUGGCGAGUUGUCAGCGGCAGUUUCGGCCUCGCUCAAAGCUAUGGUGAAUGAUGCUUUGAACGUUGGGAAUUUGUGGCUGGCUCUGAAGAUAGAGAAGAUAUUUGGCUGCGGCAAUGCAAGUUUGGAAAUUUUGAAGCUUUGCUUUAGUCUGGCCGAAGGUCUGAUAUUGCCUUAUCAGUUGAAUACCGAGCAGAGGUUGUUGUUGGCUAAGGGAUCCCAGUUGAGGAGAUUAGGACACAGAAGAGGCGUGCUUUCAUCAAGAAUGUCAGGACUCAGCGGCUCGCAUUCCUCAACGGGUUCUACCUACCUUUCACAACUUGACUACACCGAUUCUUCAGUCCAAGAUACACUGGCAACUUUAUGCAUGUUGGCUGAAAAAUUGACCGCCGGUAUAGAAAUGGGUCAGGCGGUGUUCAUGACAUACCGUAUUAGCCUCAACAUUGAAAUACCGUAUCACCUAGUCGUAUCUACUGGAGACUCUAUGAAAAUGCUGAAGGACGCACUGGAAGAUGACUGCUUGAAUAAAUUGGAAGUCGUUCACGAUUUUUUCUGUGUUUAUAAAUGGUCCAAAGAACAGAUGGCAGAUUUUAUCUGUGAAGAAAUAAUAAAUGCUGUUACCAAAUUCGUCCAAUCCAAAUCCGAGCCGUACACAAUGUGGGACCUAAAGUUAGACCAAGAAUUCCCGAUGGUUCUCCAGCUCCUGCAAGAAAACUGUUCCGUACUUGGCUACAAAAUCUACGCAUAUGCCAGCGCGAUCCACAAAUCACAAGUUCUAGCAGAUCUAGAUUUCAGAAUAAGCGAGCUGGCUCUGGUUAUAGAGCUGCUGGUUAUAUCUCACGACUGCUUCACUGCAGACUGCAACAUGGAAGGAAUAUCGAUCAUCCUGAAGAAGUGCCAGGCUGUUAUUUCCCACUUGCUCACACUGCGGAGCUGGAAGCUCAUCGUGAGGCUCUUCACUGGCGUGGGCCGGUACACGGAGAUGAACUACGUGUUCCAGAUCUUGAGAGAGAACGAUCAGUUCGAGUUUCUGCUGAGGAAAGGCUCCAGGAAAGACAACGGACUGAAGGCGGCUCUGUUGGAGUACCUCAAAAAGUACUGUCCGGACAAUAAGGAGCUGUACAAGAUCGUCGGGCUGCAUUUCACUUUGUUUUCUGAGGUGGCGUUGUUGUGGGAGCGAGAGGCUCAGAGCGUCAUCAGGAAUCUGAUCGAUAUUUCGCGCUUUGAAAUGCAGAAUAACAGGAUUAAUCCUGACGCUGAGCCAUUUAUCCUGUUUAGCAAUACGGACGGGACUAGAAUAUGUUUGAAUAAGGCUCUCGAAAAUUAUACCCACGCCACGGAAUUCCAUCUGCAGGGUGAGAAGUUAGCUAAGGCCAUGAAUGCUGCCAAGCAAGCUGAAUUGAUAGCGUUACAGAUGUCUUUGUUGAAGAGUUUGCCGGUAAACAAAAGUGCUGUCUGCCUCCUGAAUCUCAACCAAGCCCAAGUCGUGAGCUUGAUUUCCAAUGAACUGAGUUUCGACCAAACUCUCAUCCUAACCCAGGCGUACAACUAUCAACCGGACUGGAGCUCCGUCCUGUUUGAGCAGUGCGUCAUCAAAAACAACCUCAGCUACCUGCAGUCGUACAUGAAACACCUCUCGCUGACCGACAACAACGUCGUCCACGACAUCUCGCGGAAGUUUCUCGCGGCUAACCUGAACGGCUACGAGGAAAUCAACAGUAUGAAGAGCAUCUUGCACAAGCUGCCCUCCGUCCAUGUGAAGUACAGGAUAGCUAGCGAGCUGGGCUUCACGGACAUGGUCGAGGAUCUGAUUCAGGGUGGGCAGCUGGCGUAUUUGAAGGAUACCGUGUGGAAGAAGGGGUAUAAGAGUUGAGGGAGGGGGUGGCUGUGAAAUAUAGAGGGAGUCUUGGAAGUUUUCUGUACACGGAAAACUUCUUCGUUGGCGGUUUGUCAUGAACUGUUAUUCUUCGUGGAAGGUUCAGGGUGAUCUGAAAUGCAAACACCAAUUGUGAAAUGUGAGAGAAAGUCUCCUUUAAAAUACAGGGAAAGGCAACAAAAUUAAUACGCUCAAGAAUGAGGUUACAAAUUAUUUAGCGAGUCUUCAGGAACUACGUAGAAAAAUUCAUGAAAAUUAUUGGUAGGAAAAUUAUGAAAAUCUGUCAGUCUGUGAACGUUGUUGGGGUCAUUUCAGUCGAAAAUAUUUCAGUAUCAACAUAUUUCUGAUUAUUUACAUCAGUUUCUAGAUCUAUGUUGCAUAGUUUUCAAAAUAUAUGGCAUUUCAUAUAGGAAAUGAUUUUUGCAGGGCCUUUUUCAUUUCAAUAAGUUGUGAUGUUUAUAAAACAAACGAGAAUGAUUAUUAUUGAUUGAGAAAAUUAUUGUAUAAGUUGUAUUAUGUUGAAUCAUAAAGUACAUUUUAUUAGUUAUUGUUAAUUUAGAUGUUCAUCAAGUGUUAUAUAAAUCGAAUAUUUUGAAAAUUAUAUGAAAUAUCAUAGAGGUUAUCUAGAAAUUAAUGUAGGAUAUUAAUACAGAGUGUUCCAUUCAAAGUUACAGUUCGAACCUACUGUGAAUACAAUGGAAAACAUUUUAGAUGUAUUAUCCUCACAAUAUCCCCCAAAUUUUCAUAAUUUUCCUAUUUAUAAUGUUCACAACAUAAAUCGUCUCCAAAACUAUGUAGAUGUUUCGCUUUUUCAAACAAACUGUAAAAUUCCUUAACCUAUAUAUUAUGUAGCGAAUAUCACUACCGAUACAUGAUAAAACAUAUUCAAAAGACACACUUCGAUGUGAGAUUUUCACAAUACUGUGAAUUGUGACGCCCGAAGGUGCGUCACAAUACUGUAUUGUGACGCCCGUAUAUGCGUCACAAUACUGUGUAUUGUGAUGCCCGAUGAUGCGUCACAAUUCUAUGUAUUAUGAUGCAUGAUGAUGCGCCACAAUUCUAUGUACUGUGAUGUACAAAGAUGCGUCACAAUACUGUGUAUUGUGACGCCCGAUGAUGCGUCAAAAUUUUAUGUAUUGUGAUGCCCGAUGAUGCGUCACAAUUACAUGCAUUGUGAUGUACAAAGAUGCGUCACAAGAAUGUGUAUUGUGACGCCCGAAGAUGUUAUUGUAUAGCGAAACAGAUGUCACGGUGAAAAUAUCACAUUAAAUUUUAUCUUUUGAAUACAUCACUAUAGGUGUCGCUAUGUGACAUUUGAUCGAAGAGUAAAGUGCUCAUAAUAUUUCCAUCAAAUCGCACAUCAAAAACAUUUUUUCUCAGCUUUUCAUUUCAUCUUCCCCCAUAUGACGAGAUUUUUUCUCCAUAUUCUAUGCUUUUGCGUUUGAGACGUUAUUUUUUUUAUCAGUGUAUUUUUUAUCUCUUCUUUUGACGAAUUUAUGUAGAUUGUCUGGCAGUUCUAUGAAGGUGUGUAUGGUAUUCUUUCCUGGUACCAAAAAUAAUUAUAUACAGGGUGAACCAUAAUGAACCCGAAAAAAUUGAGGAGCUAAACCUGUAACAUCAGUGUAAGACGAAAUGUAAUACAACAUAUUUCGUACUCUGGAAUACUUUUUUACAAUUUUUGACAGAAUUCUUAAAAUUAGGUUACUUUCGACUCAUUUUUGAAUAUUGAAAGGCCUGUUAUUUUAGUAAACUAAAUGGCUUAAAAUUUGCCACUAUUUUAGUUUAUAAACAACUCAAGAAUCUGUUAAAACAGUGUUUUUUUAAUGAAAAGUUCAUUUUUAUAUCGUCAAGAUCUUAUGUAAUUUCAAAUUUUGUUCAAUAACUAAUUUUUAUAUCUCAAGCAUUUAUUUGAGAGUUCUGAUCACGAACAUUUCAAGUGAAAUUUUCGUUGCUGAUGAAAAUGUACAGUCUCAUAAACAUGGAAAAAGCGAUGUUAUAAAUACCAAGCGGUGAUGGCCCUAAAAUGGUUCUUUGAGGUUUUCUUCAUUAACUUUCUAUAGAUAGAAAGUGUGUGGUCUGUUUCAUUCCCCAGAAUUGAAUUAUGAAAUGAAUUUAUAGAAUAACACUAGAAUUUUAAUUAUCAGAAUUCGAAUUGAUGAAGAAAUAGGUCUGACUCAAAGAAACUGAUCGAAUUAACUUUAGUGCUGUAUUUGAAACGUCAAUUUAUCAAUGUGAAUAAUAAGAGUGGGAUUACAGUAUAGUAGAUAAAUCUGGAAAAUCUGAAUUUUUUUCCUAAAAGUGAUCCGGAUAACUGGAGUUUCACCAUAUUGAGUUAUUUACCAGACUCAUCAUAAAGCAGAUUUUUUUCAGAAGCUCAAUUGAAUCGUGUUUUUUUUUCAUUUGAUUUUAAAUAGUGUUUGUGAUUUUUCGAAUAGUAAGUAAAUGGAAUAUUUUUCACAAAUAUCAAAAACGUUAGCAAUAGAAACUGAUUCUUCAAAGCAUCCUUUAUAUUUGAUUAAUUUUUCGUGAGGUGAUUGUAUGUUGCAAUAUAUGAAAGUAUUAUACCAAUGAUCUAGUACCAAAGAUGUUUGAUAUUUUAUUCGAUUUGAUGUGAUUCUAUGAUAUGACUGGACGAGUUGCUGCUAGAUUAUUUAUACUUUUAAAUUGUUUUAAGUUUAUAUAUGUUAUAACCAAUUAACUGAUUCUCCUCCUAUAUUUGAUUGAGUUUGUGUUUGUUGUUUUCUAUGCAUCACACAGAUACUGUUAAGUACAAAAGAUGAUUUUCACAAGACAAGUUUAUUUCUAUUUUCUAGCAAGUAGCUUGGAUAAUUUCAAACUUCAGCGAAAACAACGACUUUAAAAAUAGCUGAACAUUUAUUGUCUCCUGCUUUCCUGCAAUCUGAAUGUAUAGUACAAAAUAUAGCACUAAAUUUGAGGAUAUGAUCAUAAAACAAACCAUGAAAAUUUAGUUCAUGAGUUGCUGUUUUUGCUGAAGUUGUAUUUCAAUUUAAAUUUUAAGAGUAGUUUGUAGGUACCAAGUUGUGCGUUUUUAAUUUAGCACUCUUGUUAGAAUAGCUCUCUCUAAUAGAAACUGAAAAUAUUUUCAAAAUCAGUUUUUGGAAUUGAUGAAUAGUUGAUGAACUUCUUGUUCUCGCUACGGGGACCAAAGCGAUGCCAUAAUUUCCCUGUAUGAAUAUUUUAUGAUUUGUUUUUUGUUGACAGUCUAAAUUUUUACAAGCGUUUACUGUGAUAAAUGAUGAUGCGAUUAUUAUAUAUUUCAUAUAUUA